AUGCGAGCCACCUUCGGUGUCUCUCUAGGCCGUAGCCUCUUCGCCUUCGCCUUCCUAGCUCUUGCCUUGACCGGUUUCCUGGCUCAGGCUGCCGCCCUUCCUCAGGACCUUCAAGAUCCUGACAAAGAAGUCGACCUACCUACUGAGGAUCCGGGCAUCGACCUCUCCACCAGCGGCCCCACCACCAUCAUUGAGGACGACGGCAGCACCAAUGGCACUGUUAGCGCACCGGCUGUAAUCAGCGUCCCCCUGGCAGCCCUCGAGGGAUCUGCUGUGCCCCAAAGCAUUGUCGACGACGUCAAGAAGUCGCUUCCUCAGGUACUGCGUGAUGAGGGUCUCACCGAUGUCGAAAUCGCAGGCUUGACAGAAGCUGAGAUCGCCGAGAUCCUAGGCGCCCUUAACGAGUUCUUCCAGAACGGCGAGGGCCAUGAUGGCUCGGAUGAUGACGCGGUCUUAAAGCGGGACUGGUUGACGGAACGAGGAGUUGCCGAUUGGAUCAAAAGACGCAUUUGUAGAGCCUUUGCCCGAAUCACACGCCCAGCCUUCAUGGCCGCCGCCGGCUUGUUCAACCUAAAGAACACGGGUUCUGGAAGCGGUAUCUUCCAUUAUCAGAAGUUUUUCUUGUACCCUCUUCACAGGGCCCUCUUCGACAACAGGAUCAACGUUCGAGUCUACUACAAGGCAAAUUGGGUUGUUAAGAAGUUCUGGGGCUCUGCUGGCGUCGCAUUCGGCAAGAAGAUCUACAUCCGCAAGAGCUACGAGGCCUGGUCCAGCACGAACAGCCAAUUCUACACCCAGGUGUCCCUGCUCGCUCAUGAGCUUCAGCACACCCAGCAGUACUACAACAGGCACUGGAGCAUCUGGGACUUCGCCUACCACUACUUGUACAGCUACUGCCGCGCCGGCUUCAGCUACUCCAAGAACGCGAUGGAGGUUGAAGCCAAAGAGGCUGCAAAGAAGAUCUCCAAACUCCUGAGCACUGGCAGAGGAUUCUUCCACUAUUGGAGGGUGAAGGCCUUGUACAGUAAGCUCGGCUACCCCGUCGAGACUUCUUACCGCGACGUCAGGCCCGACCUCCGCGAGCUCAACUUCCAGAAGGGCAAGAUGCAGAUCGAGCACGACAAGAACCCUGACUGCUACCGCUACAGGGUUGGCAGCAGCCCCUGGACUACCUGGGACUGCCGCAGGCUGUGAUCGAAUCGCUUUGGGGGGAGUCGUACGGUACCAAGGAGAAAUGGUAGUGGAGUAGGAGUGUUGCAAAGGUGUUGUCGGAUUUCUGCCUGUACCUGUAGUUUCCCAUCGUUAUUAUUUCCUUGCUUGCCUUAAUCUUUUCCUGAUCUCUUUUGUCGCUUCUCUCGGUUUCUCGGGUCUGGGCCUCCUUUUCUCUCGCCGACUGCCGCCGGUUGGGCUAGCAAGGGGCCCCACCUUUUCUCUUUCCUUGGUAAUAGUUUCGAGAACUACAGUAGUUGAACAGGGUUUAGGGUGGUCAUGUAACUAGCCAUGUGAUAGGUCUAAUAAGAGUGAAUUGUCUGCUUUAAAUUCUGUAGUUU